ACGGCGUCUGAAAGCAGCAGCAGAAGAAAAGUGACGUCGCUCCAGGUUUCAAAGGGUUAAAGAAGCUGCAGAGUAAAAGAGGGAAGUUUCAGAUGAAACCUGAAGCUCUGAGCAGCUGACGGCUAUGGCAAGCCGUAAGUGCCGAAUAUUGUCACUUUGCACACUAGGAUGCUGCUAUUUGCAGUGUUUUUUUGGACAGAACGCGUUUUGCAAAAUGACAAUAUUUGGCACUCUGGGAUUGCGAUAGGCAUGCAGCUGCAGACGCCGCGCAGCUGCAGACGCCGCGCAGCUGCAGAUGCCGCGCAGCUGCCGACGCCGUGCAGCUGCUGACGGCGCAGCUUGUUUUCAGAAACUGAUGGCGCUGAUGAAUCCAAAAGACGAAGAGGAGAAACAGGAAAAGGAAGAAGAUCUGAGCCGUAUGCAGACGGACGUCACCGAUGAGGAAAUGGCCCUGAGGUACGAGAGUUUAGUGGAAAGCAUGAAAAAGAAGUUUGCAAAGAAGCGAGAGCGAGCGGCGGCAGAAGAGGACGACGUCAACCAGAACGUCCCCGAAAGCAAAACAAAGAGAGUCUUUCUGAAGCCGCAGGACUGAACCCAACAUGUGAUGGACUCUAUUUUUAUCUGAAAGACUCAAAAAAGAAGUUUUUUCCUUCAGAAACAGAGCGACGGCGAGCGGAGUGAGGAGCGUUUUAACGCUGAGUGGAUGUUAUAUAUCCUGUUUUUUAAAGAAACGAUGUCUCUGAGAGGCUGUCCGUGUUUUUACGGUCUGCGCUGCAGGACGACCUGCAUUAAAUCAUCGCUCCGUGUG